AUGUUCGACGCGGCGGUGGCGCUUCGCUGCGUCGCUCCGCUCACCCGAUGUGGCCCCUUCCGGCGGCGCCGCUCGUCCGUCGCCGACGUCUGUUCUCUCACGUCGACGCCUCCUCGCAGAGAGGACGAGGAUGAGGAGGAGGAGGUCUCGAGGGAUUCUUACAACGAGCGGAUCCGCCUGCGCUGCCGCGCGGGAGAGGUGGACGCGUCCAUGGCGCUGCUGGCGCGGAUGGAGUCCACAGGGCUUUCCCCCGACGAGGCCUCCUGCGCCGCCCUGGUCUCCGCGCUCGGCGCCGUUGGGCGGACGCUGGAGGCCGAAGCCGUCUUCCGGGAGCUCAAGCGGCAGUCGGAGCGCCCGCCGGCGGUGGGCUCCUACAACGCGCUGCUGAGGGGGUUCCUGGGGAAAGGACAGCUGGGACUGGCGGAGGCGCUGCUGGCGGAGAUGCAGCGCGACGGCGUGCGGCGGAACCGGGAGACAUACCUGCUGCUGCUGGACGCCUUCGCCCGCGCGAGGCGGCUCGAUGACGCCCAGUGGGUGGUGGCGGAGAUGAAGAAGAAGGGCUUCUUCCUCCGGCUCGACUCCGCCGUCUACAGCAAGCUCAUCCGGCUCUAUCGGGACAAUGGCAUGUGGAAGAAGGCCACCGGACUGGUGGCGAAGAUGCGGGCGGCCGGCGUGCGGCCGGACAGGAGACUCUACAACGGCGCCAUCGACGCCUUGGGCGAGCACGGGCAGACGGAGGAGAUGAUGCGGGCUUUCGAGGCCAUGCGGCGGGACGGCAUCACGCCGAACAUCAUCACCUGGAACUCCCUGAUCCGGUGGUACUGCCGAGCAGGGGACCUUGACCACGCCAUGGCCCUCCUCGGGGAGAUGCAGGAGGCGGGAUUGUACCCAGACCCGAAGAUCUUCCUCGCCGUGAUCAGCCGGCUGGGGGAGCAGGGCAGGUGGGAGGAGAUCAGGGGCGUGUUCGAGGGAAUGCGCCGCCGGGGAUUCCGCCAGAGCGGCGCCGUCUACGCCGUGCUCGCCGACAUAUACGGGCAGUACGGGACGUUCGCCGACGCCGAGCAAUGCAUCGCCGCACUCAAGGCGGAGGGUCUGCAGCUUUCGGCCAACGUCUUCUGCGUGCUGGCGAAUGCAUACGCCAAGCAGGUCCGGGGCCGCCUCCCUCCUGACCGCCAUGGCCGAGGUUCUCUCUGCCUUCCUUCCAUGGCUGACUGAAUGAUUCGUCUGGCGCGCAGGGACUGUGCGAGCAGACGGUGAAUGUUUUCCGGCUGAUGGAGGCGGAAGGGAUCGAACCCAACCUCAUCAUGCUGAACUCGUUGAUCAAUGCAUUUGGGAUCGCCGGAAGAUGCGGUGAGGCGCUGUCGAUCUUCGAGCACAUCAAGGAAAUCGUAAGUCCUUCUGAACGGGGCACUCCCUCUGGCUAUGAUCGUCGUCGUCUCCCCCUAACCCUGCACCAUCGGUUGUGAAGGGCAUCGCCCCCGACGUGGUCACCUACAGCGCCCUCAUGAAGGCUUUCAUCAGAGCGAAAAAACAUGAAAAGGUUGGUGGCGUCGACAUGAAAAGCUUUUCUUUUCUCAGUGCAGAUCAAAUUCCUAUGGCGAACUGUCUUGCAUUGAUGAAGGCUCGCAAUUUUUGGCUUCAUGGCUGGCUUAUUUUGAGGUCCAAUUUAUUCAUCCCGGUUUCCCCUCCUUUUUCUGAGUCAGGUUCCCGAGAUCUACAAAGAGAUGGAGCUUGCCGGAUGCACCCCGGACAGGAGGGCAAGACAGAUGCUGAAGAAUGCUUCGGUCCUUCUCCAACAGCGGGGCUGGUCAGCUCUCUCUCUCUCUCUCUCUCUCUCUCUCUCUCUCUCUCUCUCUCUCUCUCUCUCUCUCUCUCUCUCGUGCUUCUUCAACUGCCUCUCUUUGUGA